CAUGUUGGCAGGAUGACCCAAAAAGCAGGCCUGAUAUUCAAUAUGUUGAAACAAUGCUUAAUGGAAUGAUUUCAGGUUCAAACAUAGUUGAUAAAAUUGAUAAUGAGGAAAAUGAUGAGCAACCAAAAAAUGAAAACAGUGAUUCUUUCAGUCAUUCCAGUACUAUUGAUUUCUUGCAAGAAGAUUUUGAUAAUAAAGUCAAAGAACUUUCAGAACUCUGA